AUGGGAUCGAACCAGCGCGCUGAGAUAGGCUGAGAUGUUCCUGAUUAAUAUCUGCACUGCCACUCUUCCUCUCCGCUCAUGUUCUUGGUUUUCUCUUCUCUCUUUCGCUGGCCGUUUCUUUCCCUCGGCUCUCACUUUAUCUUUAUCUUCUUCUUCUUCUCCAUCUUUCUUGCAUCUCUUGUCCCGACGACUCAUGCCGUACCGACGAACCACACGAUUGACGACGCCGACCCGGUAGUCGUUUACGACAACCAACUCGCGGGCGACCGCUCUGGCCUGGACGUUUUAUGUCCGUCGGAAGAUAAUACGGGCUCUGUAUGCCAUACUGCUGGUCAGGGCGGAUUCACGACGGCGACGGGGUACGACUGGUCGCAGCUUAUAAACGGGACGAUGAAGGUAAUAGAUGGGAAGAUCACGGUGCCUUUCGUCGGCGGCGCGGUGUACGUGUACUUUGGAAACCAAGAUGCGGUCUCGUGCAACAUCCUAAUCGACGGCAACCAAGUGGGCACGUACACGGGGAAUGCGAGCACUGCGGCACGGAGCGUGUUGGGGUAUCAGCAGGUGCUCACGACUGGUGGGCAACACACGCUAACGCUCGUCUCGGCGGGGUUGGACAGCCUGAUCAACUUCGAUGGGAUCGUGUUCACCCAGGGUCUGCAGAAACUAGCUUCAUCGAGCUCUUCCACUGCUACUCCGACGAGUGCGUCCCAGAUACCGACCCAUCGAACGUCGAACCCCGCAGCGUCAACUCCGACCCAAAGCAUCUCUCCAGCGCCGUUACAUCGGUCGAUUCUCGCACCUGUCCUUGGGGCUGUCGCAGGCAUACUAGUAAUCGCAGCCCUCGCUAUCGCCGUUUGCGUGGUCCGUCGACGCAGACGUCGCCGCCCAAUCAGGCGAAUAUCCAACAUCGAUCCAGAGCCCGCGUCGGCCUUCAACCCUUACCCACUCAACCUUCCUUCCACCACUGCUGUGAAAGAGCCUGGCGGCCCGAGGGAGAAGCCCGCGCGGACUGCGGUGUUGACGAAUCCCAGUGCGAGGGCGGCCGUGGCCGCGGCUGCUCCCGACACCGCGACGGUUUCGAUGCCAGCGCCCCCCACUGGUGAUUCUGAUUUGGCCGUCAGGCUAGCUGAUGUCGAGGCUCGGUUCCGGGCGCUCGAGCAAUCGGUUCAAAGGCGAGACACGAUGCAUGCGCCUCCACCGGCGUACCAGUAAUUUGUGCUCCAUAUCUCAAAAUCUGUUGUACCAUGUACUCACCAGCAUGUAUCCUCAUCAUAGUCAGCACUUACUCUCCGAGUGCAGUUUCCUCUGACAUGUGCGGGCUUAAUUUUUCCAUAUCCUGGACAUGUUGCUGUGGUUACCCGCUGUUGAGUGAGGCACAGCUUGCUGAGAGCGUCUCGAUUGCUGGAACAGGAUUACAAUUCUGAAAGCUGCCCCUGCACGGAAAUUCCAGUGAGCCCCCACUAAAAUAUUGUAUAGAGCCUAUUGCACAAGUCGCACCAGAGGAUUCAGCUUUGCUACGACAGUUUUACUGCAAGUUGAUCGCGAAUCUGGAGAAACCGACCAGGGACAUCGAUCCCUUCCGUAAUUGGGAGAUUGUUUCAUGCGAAUGAUGGAGGUCCCGUCUCAAUCUGUCGCAAGAAGUCACAUCGCUGUCAUUGGUUAGGCAUAUAUAGCCACGAUAAUUGUCCGCUGCACCUAUAAAACAGAUGCUCAGCAGCCUCUCCUUUCUAGCGUGACGCGUCCACAUCCCCAGACUCAUAACUCUCUAUCUUGCUCGUACUCAGAAUUGUGUUUUCCAUAUGAACGCAAUAAUUUCCCUCCUCAUCCUGCUAGGGAUGGCCUUCAAUGGGGAGGCAACAUAUCUUACACAUGAUAGGUCUUCUUCCUCUGUGAGACCUCAUUGGUCCCGACUCAGGAGCAGAACAAAGAGAGUAGAG